CUGCAAAAAUGAAAUUCUUCCACAUCUGAAGGCCGAACACAAACAUAAACCCAAAAACAGCCAAGACAGCACCGUCCAGGCAACAGGUUGUGAACCCAACUAACAACUCCUCCACACCCUACUAGACAAACAGAACAGGAAAAGAGGCAGCAGCAGCAUCAGCAGCAGCAGCCACAGCAGCCACAGCAGGAAAAACCAUGCACCAGCGACGCAACAGCCUGUGCCAGCCGCUGGUUAGCAAUGGCGCCUGCAAGGAUGCAGCAGCUCCAGCUGAACCAACGGAAACAUCGGAUGCACCAGAGCCAGAUACAGCAGAGGCAGCAGAGCAAGCAACUGGCGGCAAAUCGGCUCCGAUGCCGUUGCGUUGCGGCUGUUAUUUUUCGUUGGCGUGCUCCAUUGGCUCGAUGAGCUUGGCCUGCGGCAGCUUGUGGCAAAUUCCGAAUACCACCGAUCGCAUCACGCUCCAGCGUGGUCUGUUUCUCACAUCACUGGGUUUCAUCUAUUUCGUCUCCCUAACCGAUUUCUGCAACAAGUAUCUGCUGGAGACAAAGCGGGGACAGCAAUUCCGUAACAAGUAUCGCCUAAUGAUAUCCGAUGUCCUGGAAAUAACCAACAAAAUCGUCUCGGCCAUACAGGCAUCGUUCUCCUUCCUGGUGGGCCUGAUCGUCUGCAAGUCGACGUGCAGCAAGUCGUUUGUGUAUGCCUCGCACUUUCUAAUGGAGGCAUACGGUUGGUUUGGCACCGCCUACUUUAUGUAUGACAUUUGGUCCAUGUACAAGGUGCACACCCAGAAGAUUGCCGACAAGCUGCACUUGCUGCGUCUAUCCAACUCUCAGCCGUUUACCAAUGGACAUGCCAGAAGCUAUUACGACAAGGCGGCCGGCGGCGACAGAUCAAUUGGUAACAACAAUGGCAGCACGCCGGGCACACCCCAUGAGAUAUGCGACUAUGAUGGCGCCUGUGUCCAGAUACCCAAAGACGGACGCUGGGAUUUCCUAAAGUAUGUGCUAACACAUCCGGUUAUGAUGAUACAUCACGUAUUCAUUGGCACCUUCGGACUGCUCGUGGUGACAUAUAUACGCGGCGGUGGCCAUUGCAUCUAUAGCUAUAUGUUCAUGAUGGAGUUCUCCACGCCAUUUGUCUCGCUGCGCAGCAUACUGAGCACCAUGGGCCUGAAGGAUUCUCGUGUCUAUAUACUCAAUGGACUGCUCAUGUUGGCCACGUUCUUUGUCUGCCGCGUCUGCAUGUGGCCCUAUGUAAUGUGGCGCUAUAGCCUGGCCAUUGAUGCCGCCUCCAUGUGGGCGGCCAUGUGCGGAUUGCCGCGUGGCUGCCUCGUCAGCAUUGCCAUAUUGUUCUUGCCGCAGCUCUACUGGUUCUAUUUGAUGGUCAUGGGUGCGCUUAAGGUGUUUCUGCCCAAGCGACGGAAGCUGCCAGCUGCUGCCCUUGGCAAUCAAUUGCAAGCGAACGUGCCCCUAACGGCCACGCCCCUGGCUACGCCCAUCGCCACAAUAAACGGCAAAAAUUAGUGCAAAUUUGUUAAAGCUUAUGUAUAGAAAUGCCUAUAUAUAUAUAUAUCUGUUAAUUUUUUUUCUUUAUUUUUGUGGCAUGCCCAGCACGUAUCUUGCUUAUUGUUUAUACAUUUUUAACAACAAAACCAACAACUAAUUUUCCAUUGUUAGCCCGCUUCGAGCUAGCUGGGCAGCUGAACAAUCCAACAAUGUUUGCACUUUCACGGGCUUCUAACAAUUGAGACCGACAAGACAAAACAUAAACCAACAUGCAGUCGGCCCGGCCAGACAUUUGUUUAGUUAUUUAAUUGCUUACUUUUAAAGACAUUACUAAAACCGAAAACAAAAAGUCAAAAAAUGAAAACAACUAAAAAUUGAAAAAUGGAACUCGACAAACAA